UUGAGGAACGUAGGGCAAUGUGCCAGCUACAAGAUCAGGGAUAUAGUGCUUCAUUGUUGGCGGACAGAGAAAAGGAGAUGAGACGCCAACAACUUCAGGCUCAGGAGGAAAGACGCCUAAAGGCAAUUCAUGAACGACGACAGAGGAUGGCGUCUGUCCCAGAGCCUUCAGAUGGUGUCCCUCUAAGGUUUAAAUUUCCGAAUGGACAGAUGAAAAGCAGAAAAUUUAGGAUGUCAGAAUCAGUUCAGGUUUGAGGAUGGGUUACAAACCCUGGGUCUGCUUGGGUAAAUCAAGAGUCAACCAUGUUUUUGAAGACCUUUUUACUAACCUUGAAAAGCCACUUCAGGCCAAAGAUUUGUCGUCUUUGUUUGAAGUGUUUCUCUCACCAGUGGGAAGCAACAGACGGCAACAGGAGAACCAGACCAUCUGCUUCUGGAGGGACUGGCUUAUAGAUGUUGAAGAAGGAGAAUGCAGUCCUCUAACAAUGGAGAUGGUCCUUGAAUUUGCUUCAGGAGCAUCAGCCUUGCCUCCACUGGGGUUUUCUCAACCUCCCCAACUCCAGUUUCUACAUGGAACUUCAGACUACAAACGAAUAUAUCCUGAGGCCAAUACGUGUCUAAUAAUACUCAGACUGCCACUUCACAACAGCUAUGAUGACUUCAAAACAUACAUGACUGAUGGGAUACUGCAGGCUCCAACCUUUGGCGUUUCCUAAGAAUGACUUGUGACAUGCAGCCCCAGCAUGGUCUUCAGUUCAUUUGGUGGGACCCAAUUGAAAACAUUAUUAAUGGCUGUUGUGUCUUAAGUGACUCAAGGAUUAAAUUGUGUGUUGUUUGGAGACUAAUUUACUUAAUCUGUUUAUCACUUUGAUACAUUUCUUCUGAAGUCAUCUAGAGCUUCUAGAUCUAUUGUUAAACUGGUUUUCUGUUCAGUUCUCACAGUUUAGGAGAAGUGUAAAAUGACUCUUACUACAAUUUUUCUAUGCUGGAGUUCUGAAAACCUUUUUUUAUUCUAGUCACUUAUACCUAUUGUUAGCAAACUAGUUCUGUUCUUUCAGGUUAGGGGAUGUAUACAAAAUGUCUGAUUUCUUUUUAUAAGCAGA